AUGAAUCCCGAUGCUGUACGUUUGCCUUUAGUUUACGAACCAGCUUCGUUUUACAUUGCAACGGUUGGUUUAGGUACAUUUGAUGGUAGCCAACAACCAUUCAAGAAUUACUAUUUGAUGAUUGAUACUGGUAGUGAUCAGACAUGGCUUCAGUGCGAAGGUGCCACAAAAGUUUUCAAUCAAGAUAUGCCCCUUUACCCUUGGAGAUCGUCUUCCACGUAUCGUCCGGUUCCUUGUAAUACUCAUCCUUUUUGCAAGGGAGAUAAGUGCAAUGCUGACGGAAUAUGCACUUAUAAAGUACGCUAUGCGAGCGGAUCAGUUACAUCUGGUAUUGUAGCUGAAGAAAAAUUUACUUUAGGCUCUAAUACUGGUGAUCCUGAAAGUAUUAAUAUACACAUGGGUUGUGGCUUUCGCCAGGACAAUUUUGAAAUCAAUAUCGGUAGAAAUCAUUUAUAUGGAAAUCCUGAUUUUAUUGCAGGAAUACUCGGCUUAGGACCAGGAGAAUGGUCAUUUCUAAAUCAAUUAGGUGAUGUUGGAGAAGGAAAAUUUUCUUAUUGUUUGGAGUUGUUUAAAGAUGGGAUUGUGGGAUCAUAUACAUAUUUAAGAUUUGGUGCCGAUGCAACAAUUGGAGGCGUAUUUCAGACAACUCCCAUUGUGGUGCCUCCAUUUCGGACGACGCUUCUGUAUUACUUAAAUCUACAAGAUAUUAGUGUUGGUAACAAAAGAGUACGCUUUCCUAGAGGUACUUUUAAAGUGAAAUCCCGAAAAGAAGGUGGUACUAUCAUAGACUCCGGUGCUCCUUUUUCCACGAUGUAUAAAGAUCAUUUCGAUAGAGUCGUAGAUUUGAUUAAGACACAUUUUAGUGAGUUUGGAGUAGAAUAUAUUGGCACCUAUAACAGUUUUGAUGCUUGUUUCCGCCUACCUGGAAGAUUUGAUAUUGCGAACUAUCCUUCAAUAACACUUCAUUUUCAACAAGCCGAUUAUGUCAUUUCAGAUUAUAAAGCUAAUUUUGUGAUUAUAUCUGCGGAAAUCGUCUGCUUAAGCUUUUACCGAAUGGAUAAAAAUAGACCAGCUUUUAUUUUAGGAGCAAUGCAACAAGCCAAUAAACGAAUUUUGUAUAAUGUUAUGGAUCAGUCACUCUCGUUCGCUACAGAGUAUUGCGAAUUAGGGUCAUAA